AUGUCAUCAUCGCUUCCCACAAUCACCCUUCGGCCUAUCUCUGGGCCUGAAGAUUUCCUAACCCUUGCCCGGGUUGAAAGCGACGCCUUCUACAACGACCCUUUUAGCAUCGUGGCAUUUGGUCCUCUACGUGCCUCAGAAGAGAAUCUUGCUCUGAGGGCAAAAGGCCUGGCCAAGACUUUAAAUGAUACCAAAGAUGAUAAGGGGAGGGAGAAGCAGUGGAAAUAUAUUCAAGCAGUGAAGAAGAUGGGCGACUGCCAGGGAGACGGCGAGGAGGUUGUGGGGUGGGCUUGUUGGUGUUUUGUUACCGGCAAGGGAGGUGCAACUGAACAGGGAAAUGGAAUAGAGAAAGAGAAGGAAGUUAAGGCGGGAACUGCUAUCAAAUCGGAGAAGGAAAAGCCAGAGCCGAAUCCAUGGGGUGUAAGUGCUAAUGCGAAAUUUUGUGAGGAUGUAUACUUGCCGAGUGAUCAGUGGAUGCUGGACAGUUGCGGGGGUAAUGAGUAUGUCAAAUUGUCCGCUCUUAUUGUGGCACCAGAAUAUCAACGAAAGGGAAUUGGGACUAUGUUGCUUGAGGCUGGGCUUAAGGAAGCGGAUGCUGGGGCCUUACAGUGCGUUCUAGGAGCUUCUCCGGAAGGUGAGGGCUUAUAUAGGAGGUAUGGCUUUAAGCAAGUAAUGAACAUGGAUCUGAAGUUGUGGGAAUAUGAAGGUGGCGAAGGAUUGGGGACUACGACGCACGGAGUUAUGCAUAGGCCAGCGAAGAAUGUCUGA